UUGGGGCAACAGGUGCAAGUAAAGGCGGUUUUUCUUAAUCGUUUUUUUAUUUUCAGUGUUGUAUAGUUAAAUUGAAAAGGACUUUGAUUACAGAAAGUUUACCCAUGGUACUAAAAUAUAAAAAAUGAACCGGCAAGUGCGACUGGUCAGCUGGUAUAUUGCAGUUGGUGCUGCCAUGCUCUGUCCUGCGGAGUCGACAUUGGAAGAGGUGCCGACGCAGUUUCAGUGCAACGCUGACAAAAAAAGUGACCGAAUACGACUGUACCUGGGAUUGGAGAAUUUAAAAAUCAACUGCUAUUUGCACAAUGAUUACAGCAAUUCUGAAAACCAGGAUAUAUUCUCAACUCUGUAUACCUCAAAGGGACUCGCACCAAGCUUGAAGCUUUACAACAGGACCCAUGCAGCUGUCUUCAAUUUUCAGAUGAGCUUGAACACGACCACAUGGAGCAUUGACAUCCCCCGAAAUCACAUCACACUUAAUGCAGACGUGGCUCCUGUGGAUGAGUGGUAUUUGCAAUUCAAAAUGCAUCACGGAUUGGACAUAUUCAGCACUGAAGGCACCCUCCUGGACACAGUGCGAGAGCCUCUCCUUCAGUGGACAAUUGGGACCCCAAUCUCUUCCUCUGAGGUUGGCACUUUCAUCAACAAUGCGGUGAACCUCCAAGUUUCAAAAAGCCCAUGCGCUAAUGAUGUUGCUGUCUUGGCUCCAGUAUUUGCACCCCAAACAUCAGCAGGUAUAAUUCUUAUCGUGACCAAAUCUGGGUUUACGUCUAUGGACAAUCGCUGGUUCAAUUGUACGGAUAGCUUGUGUGCCUUACUCAAUGGUGACUGUAAUGGACUGGCAGUCGUUGAUGUCACUCUGACCAGCUUUAACUUGCUAAUCCUGACCACUCGGGGUCUCUUCAUUAGUGAAAAUCUGACAUCCCCAGUUAAAAGCAAUUUAAAUUUCAAAAAGUUGGAUUUACCCAUUUCAGCUGAGGUGGAUCAUUCCCUUUACAAAUUGCUGUACACUCCUUUGUGUUUCUCUAACAUGGAGAGUUUCCAUGAAGAUUAUUUAAGCCUGACAUCCAGCAAGCCGAUUGCCAAUAACCAGAACUUGCCAUGUCUCUACAGCACUGAUCCCUUCACAGAUUGGUAUAGAUGUCUCCAACAUGGAAACAGUUCUGCUUCCCUUAUACACGAUGUGCAACAAGAUACUGGAAUAGUUCUUUCCUUAAAUAAGAACCAGGCAUUCGUGACUGUGUACUCGAUUAUAUACUCUCAGUUGAACAAACAGAUCAAGUUUCCACCAUUCCAGUUUGAAUUUCUUCCAGAAGGAAUAUCCUUCGACCCAAACAGUCAUCAGCUUUAUGUCUACGGAGCAGAGGUGUGGUCUUCAGAAGAUGGAGGCAACACAUUUAAAAAGAUCAUCAGUUCGGCUAGUGAAAAGUUUGUGAAGUUAAUUUCGUGUGUUCACAAACAGGCAGUGGUAUUUGUAACAAAUUACGGCAACAUCUACUUCAGCAAGACAGGUUCGUUGAGAUACAGCAAGCUGAACAAGACAAAAUCAGAAUUCUCAAACCUGUACUGUGAUCACCUGGGCUCUUUAAUCCUCCUGGCUUUAGACGCACACAGUCCAAAUGGACUGAAAGUGGAAAACAUCGAUCCAGCUUCGUUGAUGAUGGAUGAUGACUUGGGCUUUGACAGACCCCUUGCCCUUCAGUAUAUCGGGGACAAGACAGCACUGUUUCACGAAUUCGGUCCUUACCUUGCAAAUCCAUCCGCUGUUGACUCAUCUCCCAAGCUCUCCAACUCCUAUAUUGGCAAAGUGAUACAACUAAGUUCAGGUGGAAGGGGUGUGAUAACAGAAGUGUACACGACUCACAUAUCUAAUCAUUUCUUGGCUGUUGCUGUGGUAGAUAUACUGGAGAUGUUUAAUGGUGAACCUUUAAUCACAGACCCAAAUCAGAGUUACUCACUUACUGUUCGUGACGUAUCAAACAGUAGUGUUGAUCUACAGUUGUAUAAUACUGAUUCCACUGAUGGCUUUCAGUUGACGGAUAUUGGGAAAACAAUAGUGAUUCCAGGCACUAGCAGCUUUUUAAUCACUGACGUGGUAAAUGCCAAGAGUGUCAUUGCAAUUUCCACAAUGCCAAAAUUGGUGCGUAAAGAUAAAACCUACAACCCAGCACAGUGGAUGCUGUUUAACUUUGGCUUUGGGUAUGAAAGAACAUGGAAGAUCACAGAGGGAGAGUGCAGGCACAGUCUGCAGUCGUUUGGUGAUUUUGAGACAAAUUCUCUGGUGUACAUCGUAAUCCAAGAAACGAUGAGCUUCAGCUUCAAGGCUUCAGUCUCUGAGUCAGGUAUGUCUUAUUUUCAAAAGAAGCUCAUGAAAGUGAUUGUAGGGAAUCCUUCACUUCUGAAAGUGACAGCUGCUCAUAGCUGGGACUCCUUAGGCAACCACAUUCUGAACAUUACUGCCUUCAGCAUGUUUUUUCAAAAGGGCAUGACUACAAUAUCUGUAUAUGUGCCGGAGGCCUCCCUGCUCUGUUCCUUGUCCAGCUUCACAUUCAGGCUGCGGAACUUCUGUCCGACCAGCAUGCGUAUCACGUACAUUCCAGAUAGGUUCAUUAGCUCCGAUGAGUGGCUGUAUGGCAAUCCAGUUGACUCCAUGGGCAACAAACUCCUGAUGGACCUGCCGGUGAACUACAGACCCCCAUCCCAGCUCGGAAUAGCCAUCCCAGUUUCUGAUAACAUUUACAAUGCUGACCCAAGCAAGCCACGGCCUAGACAAUAUUACCAGAUCUCUAAGAAUACUGGAACAUACAAGCAAUGUGCUGGAAAAUCGUCUCAAGCAGAAUGUGGCUGUACAGAGGAGAUGAGGCUUUCACCGUUAGCUGCACAUUCAGAUUGCAGGAAAAGGGUUUUAAGAUUUUUGUAUCCUGUCAACAAUUUUAACGUCACCUUGUUUCUAACAAGACCUGGGCAUGACAACCAGCCCCUGAAGGCUCCUCAGUUUGUCACUGUAACCGAAGUUAACAACAGAACUAACUGGCGAAUCACAGGUACCAAUGCUGUUCCAAGCCUGCUUAAAAUGAGGGAGUAUCUGGGGACCAGUCUCAACAGCACCCUGUAUAACCCUGAAGGACUGCAGAUCAGCUUUUAUGGCUCGGAGCUUUUCCAUUUCAGAAUAUCUGUCAUUCCGGGCAUCUCUCUGUGUGACUUGGUGGAAGAAGUUCAGAUUUAUAUUGAUGGUCCUCCUCUGGCAUUUCCAGCGCAGUACCUGAUCAAUACCAUAACUGCAAUUGUUCUGGGAGGAAUCCUUCUGGUUGUUUUUCUCCUGAAACUGUAUGAAGUUAAAUUGCCUUCAAAGAAUAGUUUCACAAGCCUAUUCAGGAAACGCAAUUCAGUGACUCCACUGAGUUGAUUGCUUGAUGCUUGGGAGAGCGGGCAUCUUUUAGAAUGCCUUCACUUUGUUUUAAAUACGUUUGUUUGCCAUCCUUCACGGUACAGUUUCCUCAUUCAUUUCCAAAUGCUUACAAUGAUCUGCAGUUUUUUUGCGUGCCAUACUUUACCAUACCAUUUUGAGCUUGACCAUUGUUGUUCAUUGCAUGUUUUCACUAUGCUUAAUUACCACAGUUUCUUGUUCUUUAAAACAUUUUUAUGGGCUGGCUUGACUUGUUCUGUAUUGUUUUAAGUUUCUGCAUUUGUAUUUAGAACGUUUGUACUUGUUUGUUCCGUAAAAUAAA